CAGGACCCGUUUUGAUUUCGGAUUAAGAGCAAAGUUCGCUUCUCUUAUUUUUGUAGUCAUCAAUCACAUCGCAAUUUACCUCUGUUUUUCUUUCAUAUACCCAUCCAAACCCUUAAUUCAGGAUGAAUUUCAUGGCUUUAAAACAACCUGAAAAUAGCUUACUCGGUUCUGAAUCUGACUCCCAGAGGACUCUGUACCCAUAUGUGACUGGAACAUCAGUUGUGGCUUUAAAGUACAAAGAUGGGAUUUUAAUGGCUGCUGAUAUGGGAGGUUCAUACGGGUCCACCCUGCGGUACAAGAGUGUGGAGCGAAUGAAGCCUAUUGGCAAGCACUCUCUACUAGGUGCAAGUGGGGAAAUCAGUGAUUUCCAAGAGAUUUUGCAUUAUCUCGAUGAGCUUAUCUUGUAUGACAAUAUGUGGGACGAUGGCAACUCGUUGGGGCCUAAAGAGGUGCACAAUUACUUGACUCGAGUUAUGUAUAACAGGCGUAACAAGUUCAAUCCACUAUGGAACUCCCUUGUACUUGGUGGAGUUAAAAACGGAAACAAGUAUCUUGGAACGGUCAGUAUGAUUGGUGUAAACUUUGAGGACAAUCAUGUUGCUACCGGAUUUGGUAAUCACCUUGCACGGCCAAUUCUCCGUCAAGAGUGGCACGAGAACUUGAGCUUUGAAGAUGGUGUUAAAUUACUGGAGAAAUGCGUGCAUGUUCUCCUUUAUCGUGAUAGAUCAGCCGUUAACAAACUUCAGGUUCAUAUUUUCCUUUACACAUGCCGACUCCAUCUUUUGGAUAAAAGCUCCUAACCCAUGCUACUAUGUUGUUUCGAGUUUUUAAUUCUCUGAUUACGCAUCUCCGACACAUUUAUAAAUGAUAUGGAGAUCCUAAUAUUGAAGAACAAUUGGUAAAAGUACUAUAGGGGCACUUGUACUAAGAGUCGAUUUGUAUUUUUCCUCUUUUACUCAAAAAAUGGGCAAAUUAGUCUUUAUACAUUAGAUCAAAUAACAAAUUUAAAUUUUCAUCCAUUGGCUAACCGAAUAAGUAGAUAGUGACACAUAGCGUGCUAGUAUUCCUUAGGCUGACGUACAAAGGCUAGUUUUUAACAUUAAAAUUGAAUGGAAUUGUUGAUAAA